CUUUCAGUUUCGUUUCUCUCAGGCUGGUGGGUGUGUCUACUGGUUGUGCAGCCAUGGCAAAAGCUAAGGAAGAAGUCAGAGCGUCCUCCAGCUUGGAAGACGAACUCACCUGUUCCAUCUGCCUGUCUCUGUACAAGAACCCCGUGUCACUCUGCUGCGGUCACAGCUUCUGCAAGCAGUGUGUCCAGAAGGUGCUCAGUAACCAGCAGCAGGCCAAGGCCUCCUACUCCUGCCCCCUAUGUAGGGUCGAUCUGGGGCCUAUCCUGGAGCUGCAAAAUAACUUCCAUCUGUGCAGCAUCGUGGAGACAUAUCUGGCCAACAAAGGGAAGAAGGACAAGGGCUUUGCAACGAAGAAAGAAGAGGCAGUUCCCUGUGACUUCUGCCUUGACAAGCCCCAGCCGGCCGUGAAGAUGUGCCUGAGCUGCGAAGCCUCCCUGUGCCAGGCACACCUGGACAAGCACAGCGCCAGGGCCUCACAGAAGGACCACGUCCUGGUGGAGGUGGGCAUGGGUGGCCCCAUUGAGGAGAGGAGGUGCCAGGAGCACGGCAAGGCCUUUGAGUUCUUCUGCCAGAACGAGAGCCUGUUCAUCUGCGCGCUGUGCUCCAUCGCGGGGUGCCACAACGGCCACAAGAUCCUCACUCUGAAGGAGGCCCACAGUAUGAAACUGGAUGACCUCUCUCACACUGUGGAUAGGCUGCUGAGAUACAGAAGUGAUGUAUCUAUCGCCCUUGAGGAGCUUCAGCAAAACAAGAAUCAGAUUGAGACCAAUACGAAAACAGUGACUUCUCUGGUGCAAAAGAAGUUUGAAGAGAUAAAGACAGAGAUAAAUAAGAAAGAGAAGAAGAUCCUCAGUGACAUUCAGUCCAUUGAGAAAUUACAACUAGCAGAAUGUGACAAACUGAGGAAAGAGAUGGAAGAAAAGAGAGAUGAGCUUGUGCAGCAUCUGAAGUCCUUGCAGAAGAUAAGAGAACAACCAAACACUUUCUGUCUCUUCAGAGAAUUUAAACUGGUGCAGGAGAGCAUUCCGAGUCACAAGUUCAGGAUCCGUAAGAAGGACGUGCAGAUGGUGCUGCUGGAUGAGGCCGCUAUCAGCAGCUUCCAGAUGAUGAUGGGGGACUGCUUGCUCCAGCUGGACGUGUACCUACAAGGCGUGCAGAGACAAAUCAUUAACCAAUUUAAGUGGGACAGUGAGGACCCAGCUGCUGGUAGCAAUUCAAACAACACAUUUAAGAAGUCACAACAAAAGCCAUGGCCUAAUUUUUACUAACUGCAAUAGAUGGAGGCAGGUGGUACAGUAUAAUACCAACUGAAAGGAUGAAGAUGUGGACAAUGUGAAUCAUAUACAUAUUUCUGGAAGUAAGGGAGAUGCCAAAAAGUUCAGAAGAGAGAGAAAGAAGAUAAAGAUUGUCUAAAAUGUUCUUUAAUUCCAGGUAGCCGCUAAGUGUCUCUGUCUUCCAUAUGAACCUCCUAUUAAAAGCAAUUCUAUAGCAAUGCAAAUUUUGAAAAGAAGUGCCAAAUAUUAACAUGAACAUAAGAAAAUCUCCAACUAUAUCAUCUUGUAGCACUAAUGUUACUUGUGUCCUAUUAAUUGUAGUGACUAGGCUGUCAUUUUAUGGUGGCAUACCCAAAUAAAGAGCUGUAG